UAUAGUUAUCUCCGUUACUCAUGUUCGGAAAUAAUAAAAAUACUUUGCCCAUUCUGUCUGAGAUACAGAAGGAUUUUGUCGUCUUCUAUUUCACUGUCACUAUGAUAUUUGUAAAUUUUAAAUUUUGAAAAAAAAAUUGUGAAAUUUAUAAAUUUUAAUAAAAAUGUCGAAUUGUUUUUUCUGCAUUCCAGUAAAAUAUGAGCUAAUAAUUUGGGGAUAUUUAAAAUUGAUUUUUUCGAUAACUGUUAUGAUAAAUAUAAUACAGUUAUAUUUCCGGCAAUUUUCCACGCAAAUAGAAUGUACGAGUUGGGAAUUAAUAAUAACCUUUUUUUCUAUAAUAAUUACAAUUAUAGACAGCAUGUUCAACGUUAUACUUUUAGUUGCUGUAUUUUUGAAUAAAAGGCUGUUGUACCUUGCUUAUUUUUACUACAGCCUUCUAAUGAUGUCUGUCUGCCCUGUAUUAUUCUGUAUCUGUUUGUUCAUAUUUUUGAAUCCAUAUGUGGAGUAUUUAAUCGUUUGUGUGAUAAUUCUGAUUGCACUAUGUGGUUUGGUAAUAUUUUUUCUGCAAGUCUAUAUCACGGUAAUGGUGAGAAGGGAGUUGAAGAAGAAAAUCGACAACGCCGACUGUAAAUCUGCAAUUAAUUAAAUUGCUUAACACUUAUAUAUUUAUUUAUGCUGUCCGCUCCAGCUUCACACAUUUUUACUUUUCCAUACGAUUCUUUAAAUAUUAUUUAUUCAUACACACCUUGUCCUUACAAUUACAAAGACAACAAAAAAAGAAUGAGACCACUAGAUACAGCCGUUCUAAAGUGAUACACUAAUGCAUCCGCAAUAUUUUUUUUAAACUACAAAGGUAGCAAACAAGACUGAACAAACAGAGGGAGAUUUUGUACAAAAGUCGAUUGCUUGGGUACCUUUGUCUCAUUCGUGUUGCUACCGUGAAGCCGUUGUGUUUGCAUGGCUGUAUUUUGUUUGAAGGGUGGGAUAUGGCGUGGAUUUACAGGGAAUAACAUCUGAGUCCUGAGGAAUGGCAACGCAUAGGGGGUAUCAUGGGUGUAACAGUAUACUGUGUUAUAUCCAUGGUACUGCUCAUGUCUAUAAGCGAUGGUUACCACUUUCCAUCAGGUGGACCGUCAGCUUGUUUGCCAUUCUAAGUUUUAUAAAAAAAAAGCAUAUAGUUCAUCUGAUGGUAAAAAGUCGUGUAGUCUAUGUACGCCUACAAUACUACUAGUCACGUGCACGUUGCCGAUCCUGCAGACACCUUAAUAUACCCAUUUUGAAGAACCUCAUACUGUAGUCUCUAGGCAAAACCUCGACAGGGAACUUAUUGCACAGCCUGAGCAUUCGCGGGAGAAAAAUUCUUUUAAACCACACUGUACGUUUAGAGUAAGGUAGUAUUAAUAUAAGUCUGUAUAUUAUAUUAUGUUAAACUCGUACUUGCUGUGCCCAACAGGGUCCAUAAUUGAUGUUGGAAUGUUAUCUACUAAUUAUAUUAUGGAAUGCAAUAAGAAAUAAAUAAAUAAAUAUAUCUGUUGCUUAUUAUUAAAAGUAUUAUUUUGUAUUGAUAAUCCUGUAUUGUGCAUUAUAGAACAAGAAUUAUAAAAAUCAUUAAUCUACAUUACGAGUAUAAUAAAAUUAUUGUAAUCUUUUGGAGGAAACAAUAAAGAGUAUCUAUCUAUCUACAGGGUGAAACCAUAGUUGUGUACGUUAGCUUUACAUAAAACUGAGAAUUUACCCAUGCAUAUAAGAAUGUAUAUUAAAAAAAAAAAAAAAUGACAAAAAAUAUGUUUGUUGUUUAUCAAUUUACGUACUUGCGAGAAAUAUUUUCAGUUUCGUUGAUAGAGCACUCCCUCAAAAGUGUUCUAAUUAUUUAGUGUUAUUUAGAUUUAUAUUUUAAUUCAUUUUUUAAAAUAUUGUUAUAAUACAAUAAUUAGUAAUAAAAAUGUAAACUCUUG